GGGUGCCAAUACUUUUCCUUCCAUGCCUCUGGUAUCUGAUGCGCACCCAUUAAGGAUUAGCAGGGUUUAAAAUUCAAAUUCAUUGAAGGAAGCCGCUUAUCGACCUUCGAUCAACGCCAGAGCUCCUAUAUGUAUAUGUAAGGGGAUAAUUUACGGUAGAUGGACUGCAAACUGUUUAAAAAAAGGCGUAGAAGAGAAAUCAGGCACAGCAGAGGAACGAAGAUGAGGUUUGAAGAGAAAGGUCUCGAAAAGACAGCAAGGAAAAAGAGGUAUCCGGCAAGCUUGGCACAAAAAAAAAAAAUAAGAAAACGCCGAAGAGUCCAAAAAAGUCUUGUACAAAAGAAAAAUAUUGCGCGAAGGUAUUCAGCAACGGACGAGGAUAGGCAGUAUAUGCAAAGCAACGACUUUGAACGAAUGGCUUGGAGCAAACGAGUCAAGGGGAAAAAUGAUGGCAGAGAAUCAAAAGCGGCUCUAAGAACAUUUGGUAUCACUGAAAGAAGAGUAUCAAGAAGACGGACGGGACGAGCUCAUAAUGCAUGUGCAGUAUACAAGAAUCGGAGAAUCGGAUGGCGGGCCAUGGGCAAGAGUGGCUGCGUGAUUCUCAGCAUGACUUAUGAAGUAUCAGGCUCGUGUUUGGGAAAGCCACUUUUCUGAGGACUAAAUCAACGCGCUCACUCUCGCUAAUGCAAUAUCAUAUGAAUAGUAAACCUGCACUUAUGUGGGGAGUCCUUCAUAAUAAUCAUGAAGAGGAACGCUCAUUGGGGGUUGGUGCGGCGGCGCCGACCGCGGUUGCUUCCUUCCGGCCUCUGAGCCAGGACCUGCCUGAGGGCCGGGUCAUCCUUAUUCUUAUCAACAUGAUGGACUCGGACAUGCCUGUUG